UGUAAACGAAAUAAAAAAAAUUGAAAAAAGCAGUUCUUAAUUCAAAGUAUCAAAGGGAUGUGGUGUACAUUUAGGGCCAGUGACCGGUGUGUGUGCGGUUUGCUGACCCGCUUUGCUCUCCGUAGUUCAGAGCUGCGAUUUCCUCAUUGUGUUUGUUGCAUGUCGAGAGGGAGAGAUCCGCCUGUCAGCCUAGCGUUUGGGACGUUGAGACUAAUCUGCGCUCAAAAACAUCAACCUGAAAUUUACAGCCCAGUCAUAUAGAUUCAAUACCCGCCGAUCGAAUCUGAAAACAGGAGAAAAACGGCUUCCAUUAGAAUCACAGCAACAUGGCUGAUCUAAGUAUUGAUCAGAAAAAACUACCUGGCGUCAAAGAAGUGUGCCGGGACUUCGCUGUGCUGGAGGAUCAUACUCUCGCCCACAACCUGCAGGAACAGGAGAUUGAGAAUCACCUGGCAUCAAACAUCCAGAAGAGCCGGCUGGUGCAGUAUGACCUUCAGGUGGCGAAGAGAAUGCAGGAUGAAGAGGACAAGAGGGCAAGGAUGCGCAACCAGAGACGUCAACGAGACAUAGUGCACAGCGAUAACGAGAUCGCACAGGAGAUUCAGGAGCAGCUUGUGAAGCAGGCCCUGGAUAAACGAAAGCAGGAGGAGAAGGACGAGGCCAUCGCUCGCAGACUUCACGAGAAGGAGCUGAAGGAGGAGAGGAAGAGGAAGAAGCAGCUGCAGGAUGUGCCUUAUGAAGACGGCUACUAUGAAGACAACAGAGACCACGCCCAAAACAGACAUCAGGAGCGUGGGCCACAAGAGUCAGAGAGGCUACACAGACACAGGCCCCGGAGCCGGGAAAGAGACCCCGACCCCCAGGCGGAAUCCAGAGCGUCCCAGUCCACCUUCUACAUGCACGGCUCCGAACCUACCAGGGCUCCCCACCACAGACACGAACUGCAGGAGCCCGAGAGGGAGCGAGACACGAGGAGGAAGGAGAAGCCUAGUAGACCUCCGCCACCCAACCACAGCAAGAACCACAGCAGGGAACACAGACAAGAACGUGGCAGGGAGAUCAGACGUGAUCACAGCAAGGAACAGAGAGGAGAUCACAGCAGGGAAAGCGCACCACACCGUAGCGGGGACGUGAGCCGGGAACAGCGGACUAGUGAGAGUUACGGGGCCUCGGCUGGCCUGAGCCGACACUGGUCUGGGGAGGAGCACAGUGGAAGGGAGGGGAGGGAGGACAGGCAAAGGCUGCCCUCUGGGUGCGAUGAGGUGUUCCAUGAUCCGAGCUCCAGACACCACACGAGGGACGCCAGGACAGAACCCUCGUGUCGAGCUCAGGAGAGGCACGGAACACGCUCGCAUUCCAGUGAGGACUGGCCAGAGAACCAUCCCCACCACAGAGACCAGAGAGGGAGGAAACCCCGGGGGGAGUACGGGGUGCAGGAGGUGAUUCAGGGAGUCACUCAGCUCGACCUCCGAGGCAGCGAGCUGACAGACCUGGAGGUAGCCAUGAGGCUGCAGGAGGAGGAGCUAAAGGUUAGCAACUUAGACAAGAGGGCAGCCCAGAUGGCACAGGAUGAGGAAAUUGCCCGACUACUGAUGGAGAAGGAGAAGAGAGUCCACAUAAGGUCUAUGGAAAUGAGACGACAGGAGCCGGAAUGGAAGCCGGAGGCAGGAGAGGCGGUGCGGCCGCGAUCCCGGGAAGGCUACGAGCUCCAGAGACCAAGGAACGACAAGCCGACCAGGCCGCCUCGACCCAUGGGUGACUAUGAAAACAUUGAUGCCAGCUACGGAAACACAGGCUCCCCCUGCUCGCCUCGACCCGCCUCCAGGUCUGACGCAGCAUAUAAAGGUUCCUAUUCCAGGCAGUGAUCUCGGUUCCGUGCUCACUCUCCUUUGUAAGCUGUGGAAGAAUAAACCCGAUGUGGUUUCCUGAACACCUAGUGUUUUUUUUUUUGUUUUUUUUAAAGAUCGCUGCUGACAUUCCAUUGCUGUCUAGUUUUGGGAACACUGGGGAGAAAAUUAGGCUAAGAGACAACUGAGGGAGCAGGCAUACAUUUAUUUAUAUGUGUAUAUAUAUAUAUAUAUAUAUAUAUAUAUAUAACGAGGAUGUGAAAAUGUCAAACAAAAUAGAAGCAAACUGCAUAUCUGAACAGUCUGAUGCCUGUCAAACGUUCUUGUUGUGUGAAAAAGCAUGCAUGCACUGUGGUCUUUUUAUACAGUUACAUUUCUGUGUGUUGUUUUGUAGGGCAAAACUGUUUGGUACAUGGAGUUAAUGCAGGGUUAUUCAGAAGCGUGGGCGAUGGGUAAUGAACCAUUCAGCAUGUGAAAGCCAAUAUAUCCGCAGUGAAAUCCGCUGGAUCACGAUGGGCAUGGCUGCUGGUGAGCAGACUGAACAUUCACACAGCCAUUGCGGUUUGCACUUCUGAACAGCCCAGCCAGGGCUCGGUAUUCCAGUUCUACUUCUCACAUUGCCUGACCUGGCUUGAUUUCCAAUCACAAAGCCUGCUUCAGUGUGAGGACAUAUCCAUGCAUUUCAAGUUCUCGUAGCGUCCAACGCCAACACCUGUUCUCAGCUGCGAAUGGUUUUGUUUCAUAGCAGAGACACAGUCUGACUGGAGCACCCUUCACCAGUCUUCAAUGAAUAAGCAUGGACCAGCUGACUACAAAACCCAGCACUGAACAAAUGAGGUGUGAGGCAGAACAUUGGGAAUUAAGAGAAAACCUGAACUGAAUGCUUCAGAUUUACAAUGACUUGUAACUAAUGCAUCUCUUUUUUACUCCCACUCCGAGUAAUAAUAUCCUUUGACGUCGCUGGUUACCUUCAUGCUUUUCAGUUGCAAACAGAUUUUAUUCACAAACAAAAGCCGUUGUCAGGGAUUGCUUCUUAUAGAUUAAAGGAAUUCAUACAUGAUGUACAGCUCAGAAAGGGUUGCAGUUAAUCUUACCCAUUUACGUACUGCCAUCAUUUCGCUGGUCUCACAUUGUCCUAUACAAAAAGACACACGUCUUGCUUACAGGUUCACUGUUGUGUUGUAAAUGUCCUUUACUAUAAUGUUACUCAUUGUAAAUUCUUUGCUUGAUAAUUGGAUCUCCUACUUGUAGCUACAAACAGUAGCAUCUUAGUUGCACACAAUAUGAAAGAAACCCAAGUACUGGAUUGUAAACUAAGCGCCCUCCAAUGUAAUCGCCGUCCUCUGUGAUCUUGUGUCUUGCAUAUAAGAUUACAGGAUACUGUAUAUCAGCUUGUUUCUAUAUUUUAAAUCAUUAUUCUUUAGGGAUGGAAAUAAGACUCCUAUUGCAUAAUUUUUUUCUUUGUUUCAGGUUUUAAUAUGAACUUGAUUAGCCACAGUGUAUAGGUAAGAAGCUCAGGUGUGUCUUGUUAAACUCAUAGUAAAACCAGGAACGGAUCAAACCACUAUGCAAUGGGAGUCUUUCCAUCCCUGUUGUUACUAACAACUUGUGCACAAUUGUCAAAUAUUUAUUUUAGAUAUUUCUUUACCUGAUGUUUUAUUUUUUAGUACAUUUGGUUUGUUUUAUGUAAAAGUAUUUUAUUUGUAAAGUCUUAACAUUGCCGUUUCUGUAAUUGUUGGUGUUGAUUUUGCAUGGUGUCAGUCAAUAUGCAAUCAUCCCCUCAGCGUGUGAUCGUUUCCUUUAGAAGUGUAUUUCCUCUUUCGACAGUAUGUUCAGAUUAGGUAUAAACAAUAGGGGUCAGUGAAUGUGGGGUCCACAAUCUCAAACAAUGUGGGUUAAGGACAAACUGCAUUUAAAUGACCUCUUAAGUGUACAAUCAGUGUUUCUUUAUAAAUCAGCACAAAGCAGCCAAACUGUGUACAGUUACGCAAAUACAUCGGAAAUGUUAAUGCUAAACUAACCUUUACAAUAGCAGUGGCAAAUAAUGUGUAAGAAGUAAUGCAUGUUGGAUAAUUUGCAAUGGUGAUGGAAUGUGCUGGAAAUACAGUGUGACAAUGCAACUGCUUUUAUUUCUUUUUAAGCAAAUUGCGCCAUCUAGUGUUGAGCUGUGGAACUCCUCAGUGGAGCAUCGUCCAGGCCACUUAAAGGGCUACAUUCUUAAAACUCUUCUACUCCAAAUAGUCGUUAGCAAAAUUGUAUUCACAAAGGGGAAAAGUUCUCCAAAUAGCCUUGUUAAUUUGCCAAACCAGACAUGAGUGGCUCAGACAUUUGAUUUAUGGUCUUGGAAGUUGUAAGCAGUGUACACUUAUUAAUUUGUCAUAAAAAAAAGUGUUGUGUUCUUUCAGAAAAAAAAAACAUGGUGCUAAAAACAAUUUGGAGUAAAAGGCUUUGCUAAUGAAGGUGGUGAUUAUUACUGUAUGCACAGUGUGUGCCUGUGCUCAUUAAUGUAUUCUACUAUAUAGAUAUGCACAUGAAUGUCUCUCCUUGGUUGUGUAGGCCAGCUUUACACUUGUGUUAUAUACACAUGAAUGUACAGUCUGUCUCUCCUUGGUUAUGAAGUAAUUCUCAAUAAAUAAUUCUUAGUUUUCUCAUUAUGUUUUAUACCCUCUGUGUAAACUGAUCAGUGCUUUGUAAUAAAGUUGAUAACCAUU